GUCGAAGUACACGUACUCGUCGAGCGCAGAAGCACAGAACAGAAGUCAAAUGGCGACCGCGACUGCUGACUUGCUGCUUCUCCUGCUCGUUCUCGUUUCUCCCGCCCUCAGCUCUGCCGAUGGCCACCGAUCCUACACGGAGGAGAUCCUCAGCUCAGCUCAGAGAGACAAGGACUGGCUGGUCUCGAUAAGGAGACGAAUCCACGAGCACCCGGAGCUCCGAUUCCAGGAGCACAACACCAGCGCCCUCAUCCGCCAUGAACUCGACCGCCUUGGCAUCCCUUACACCUACCCCCUCGCCGGAACUGGUAUCGUUGCACAGGUCGGCUCCGGCUCCCGCCCCGUCGUGGCUCUCCGGGCCGACAUGGACGCCCUCCCCUUACAAGAACUCGUGGAGUGGGAGCACAAGAGCAAGAUCGAUGGGAUGAUGCACGCGUGCGGGCAUGAUGCUCACACGACGAUGCUCCUCGGCGCCGCGAAGUUGCUUGCUCAGCGAAAGGACAAGCUUAAGGGGACUGUCAGGCUAAUCUUCCAACCGGCCGAAGAAGGGGGUGCUGGUGCAUCCCAUAUGAUAAAAGAAGGUGCACUCGGUGACGCCGAAGCGAUUUUUGCGAUGCAUAUUGAUUACACGGUUCCAACAGGAAGCAUAGCUGCUCUCCCAGGACCCAACUUUGCGGCUGUAUCCUUCUUCGAGGUGAGGAUAGAAGGAGAAGGUGGGCAUGCCGCAUCACCUCAUACCUCUGUGGAUCCAGUGGUUGCUGCCUCGUUCACGAUCGUGGCACUGCAACAGCUCAUAUCGAGAGAAGCCGAUCCACUCCAUAGUCAAGUGCUUUCUGUUACAUACAUCAGAGGCGGGAGUGCAUUGAAUGUAAUUCCACCUUAUGUCGAGUUCGGGGGCACCCUGAGAAGUCUCACCCAAGAAGGGUUGCACCAGCUCCGCCGCAGGUUGAAGGAGGUCGUCGAAGGUCAAGCAGCUGUUCACAGAUGCAAGGCUCAUGUCGACAUGGAAGAGGAAGAACUUCCACCUUACCCAGCUGUGGUAAACGAUAAGGAGCUGACUGAACACGUAGAAAAGGUUGGGAGGCUUCUUCUGGGUCCGGAGAAUGUGAGGGUGGGGAAGAAGGUGAUGGCAGGAGAGGACUUUGCCUUCUAUCAGGAAAUGGUACCGGGAGUCAUGCUCAGCAUUGGGAUCAGGAGCGAGGAGGCAGGGUCCACUUAUUCUCCGCACUCUCCUUACUUUUUUCUUGACGAGGAUGCCCUUCCCAUAGGAGCAGCCGUUCAUGCUGCUAUUGCAGAGACAUACUUGAACGAGCACCAGCAAAAGGACUCGAUAUAGAAACAGAAGUAGAUCAGCAAGAUCAACGAUGGCGAAACCUGCCCGUGUAUUUCCCUCCACUCUUGGAAGAUGGAACUGUAUGAAUAAUUGGAUGAACAAUGUUUGUAACGGAAACUAUUUAUAUAUCUUGUACAGAUAAAGCUUCAACUCAUAGUAUUAAUCGAAAGUACUUAUCUUGAGGAUAA